GCCAGUAAUGCAGGGGAGGUAGUUUCGUACACGUAAGUUUAGCGCGCGACGUGAAAACUGAAAGAAGACUCGGAGAAUUCUUGUGCACGGAUGAUGGGUCAACGUGGUGGCGAUGAGUUAUUAGCAGUGAAAGCGGAAAACGGAUCAUCGACCAGUGAAAGCCACGAUGAGUAUCAGUACUUAUCCCUCGUGUCCCGCAUCCUCGAUUCGGGAAAAGUUAAAUCUGACCGUACUGGAACUGGGACCAUCUCCCUCUUUGGAACUCAAAGCCGCUACUCCUUACGAAACGGGACCAUACCGUUGAUCACCACCAAGACAGUAUUCUGGAAGGGCGUGCUGGAGGAGCUGCUGUGGUUCCUCAGAGGCUCGACCAGCGCUAAGGAGUUGUCAGAUAAAGGAGUUCACAUUUGGGAUGGAAACGGUUCCAGGCAGUUUUUGGACAGCCUUGGCUUCACAGAUAGAGAAGAAGGUGAUUUGGGGCCCGUGUAUGGCUUUCAGUGGAGACACUUUGGAGCAAAGUAUCGUGAUAUGCGAACAGACUACACGGGUGAAGGAAUUGAUCAAAUCAAGAACCUCGUGCACACCAUUCGCACCAACCCAGAUGAUCGCCGAAUGAUUUUGUGUUCCUGGAAUGUCGCAGAUCUUCCUCAGAUGGCACUUCCACCCUGCCACUGCCUUGCACAGUUUUAUGUUCAGGAUGGAGAGCUCUCGUGUCAGUUGUACCAGCGAUCAGCUGAUAUGGGACUUGGUGUGCCUUUCAACAUCGCCAGCUAUGCCUUGUUGACGCAUAUGAUGGCCCACGUAACUGGAACACGCCCGGGAGACUUUGUCCACACUUUAGGAGAUGCCCACGUCUACUUGACACACGUUGAUGUUUUAAAGAAACAGUUGCAAAGGGAACCAAGACCCUUCCCCAAACUGUCAAUCAAGCGCACUGUUGAAGACAUCUUCGACUUUCGUGCCGAAGACUUUGAAUUGAUCGGCUAUGAUCCGCACCCACCACUGAAAAUGGGAAUGGCUCUUUAAAACGACACGUUUACGUUGUUGAGAACCUUUUGUGUGUGUGUGCAUAUUUGCGUGUUAUUUAUCUACACUGUUUCUAAAUAAGGUUUUAUUUGCUUCUACCAAACAAAUCCUGUGAACAUGU